AUGCAUCCGACGGGGGGAAACAAUGGCGCGGACCUCACCCAGCUGCAGCGCGAGUACCGCAACAUGGAGCUGAACCGCAAGGUGUACGCGGACGAGAGCCACCAGGUGAUGCGGCGCCAGCAGGCUGUGAUCGAGAAGCUGCGCAAGGACAACGAGGAGAUGAAGGCCGAGCUGACGCUGGCGGAGCGCCACAUCAACGAAGGCGCCGUGGCGCAGCAGCAGGAGCAGAUCGCGCGCCUGCAGGAGCAGAUCGACGGCUACAACCGCAAGAACGUGGGCGAGAGCAAGCGCCUCGAGACGCUCACGCAGCAGAUCCAGGUCAUGCGGCACAAGGUGCUGCACCAGAAGAAGCACAUGGGCGGCGUGAACGCCGCGAGGGAGAACCAGCAGAUGGUCAGCAAGCAGAUCCGCAUCCUCGAGAACCGACUGGACAAGUCCCUCGUCAAGUUCAACGAGGCGCUGGCGCAGAACAAGGUGCUGCGUGAGGAGAUUGACAACUUACGUCGAGAACGCGUCGUCUUCGACACCAUUUACCGCAAGCUCGAGCGCGAGCACGCCGAGAAGAAGAGGCAGAUGGCACAGACCAUUGAGCUGAGCAACCAGGCUUAUGAGCAGCGUGACGCGGCGCAACUCGAGCUACGAAGCCUUCAAGAUGAAAAUCGGGCGGAGCUUGAAGCUCAUCGACGAGCUCUGUCCGAGUUGAUGGAGAGACUUGAAGAGAGCAAGAUCCUCGCUGGAGGAGACACGACGAGCUAUAGACGGGGUGGAUCUGCAGGUGCAGGAGCUCCAAGUGGCGGCGCAUCGGGAGGGAUUUAUGCAGGCAACAUGUCGGCGGAUGAGGAGAGCGAGAUGAAGAGUAAAGUGCAGAAGGGCACGUGGGGUGUGGCCAAGGAGAAGGUGCACGUCCAGGUCUCCAUCGAGCGUGUGCAGAACUUCGAGGAGGCUUUCCUGAAGAUCAAGGCAGCCACGCGAAUCGACGAUCUGGAGCAGCUCGUGACGUCUUUCAUCAAGAAGGAAGACCAGAACUUCUCACUGUUCAACUAUGUCAACGAGCAAAGCAAUGAGAUCGAGAAGCUCGAGGAGUGGAUAGCAGCUUUGCGAGACGAAGAGCGUCGGUACACGGGAAAUGGCGAUGGCGCUAAUGGAGCCGCAGGGGGUGACGACGAUGGCGUCGGUCAACACAAGCAGCUUCUGCGAGAGCUCGAGGCGAGGCUUGCACUUACGGAACAGGCAGCUGAGAAGUGCGAGGCGCGCUGCGCGGAGGCCCAGAAGACCGUCAACGCUGUCAAGCGCGCCAUUCAAAGUUUGUUUACGAAGACUGGAUGCAACGCUCAGGCCAUGGUGGAGAUGCUGGGCGACUCGGCGGUCACCGAAGCCAACAUGAUGGCUUACCUCGGUGUCAUUGAGCAGAAGACAAACGAAAUCUUGCACCAGUACGCCGCCGUUCUCGCGAAGCAACAGGCGGACGCACAGAAGAACAAAACAACCACCGACGCCUACGAUCGCGAGUCACAGUUCGCCGCUAAUGCGAUGUCCAACAAUUCGGCGGCAGUUGGGGCGGCAGGCGGCACAAACGGAGCUGUGGCGACGUUGCACUCAAUUCUUGGCGUAGGGCCGAUUACUCCUAUGGGCCAGGAGCCCCUGCAGAUCAAUCCGCCCAACCUGGACGAUUACUCGUCAGAGGAUGAAGACAGCGGCGACAACGAAGACACCAUGCAUCCUCUCACGCGCGACGAGCUCAAGGUACGCACGCUCAAGGGCAUGCGGCGACUCAAUCAUGUGAAUGGCUCCCCGUCAGGAACGAUCAGCAGCACGAACAUCAAAGACGGUAAGCGCGUUGUCACCAACGUGUCCUUCCCGAGCUCCCCAAAGUACCGGAAGCAGUAG